AUGACGAUUCUUGGACUGCUAGCAAUAUUUGGGUUGAUCGUAAGCUACAGCUCUGCUUCUGACAGUACCGAUCAGCUAGAAGAUCACAUUCGUAACAAACGGCUGAUAGACAGCUCCAUGUAUCCAUACUGGCGACAAUUUCAACGUAACCGGCAAGUCAUGCAUCAACCAAUGGUCGUGCCACGAAGGUCGUUUUUCGGAUUUGUAGACCCAAGUCGACCGUUAUUUAUGCGCGCGCAAAGGACUUACCUCUACGACAUUGAUGACUAA